AUGCCGCCGGGGAUGCCGGCGUCCGUGCAUUCUCUGCCGGUGGCGCUGGCCGUGCCGAUGCCGGCGAUGCCGAUGCCGGUCGCUUUCCCGGUGCCGCUGCACCUGUUGCCCCCCGGAGCGGGGGUGGAGAAGCGAGCUGAGGCUUACUUGAAGACAAAGGGACAGACUCUCGAGGACUACUGGAAUGGACCGCAGCCCGCGUCUGUCGGAGGCGGCGUGUGUUUUCGUGAGAAGUAUGGUGAGUACAGCUUUGAGAAUUACAAGAAGAUGCAGUUGGAGAUUUACCUCCAAGUUGUUUCGAACGCAUCAAUGCUGCUCUUGGGCUACCUGCUCGCACAACCGAUGGGGCCGGGGAUGGAGCCGCCCGUCCUCUCGCUCAGCCUCGUGUUCGGCGCGGUCGGCGCCGCCGGAGCCGCAUUGUCCGCGCACCAAAGCGAGAUGGCGUCCAUCUUCCCCGUCUUCUUUGGCGCGGUGUGCCUCAGCUUGGCCGCCUUCUCCGUGUCCAACGCGCUGCUCUGCGGCGACGAAUUGGCUCGCGCGUGGGCGUUCGUGAUCCCGCUUCACCCUCUUCCGCUGACGGCGCUACUGUUGCUCGUCCCCGCGGACGAUCUUCUGCGCGCCAAGGAGAGCGUGGACAUCUUUCGUUUGCCCGGGACCGUAUUAGUUGGGGCAAUCGGGGCGGUAACCGCCACCAUGCCGCGCCCCCUUCGCUGGAAGUGCAUGGUGGUGGCCGGGUUCCUUCUGUCGAUUGCCUCGGCUUUCGGUGUGGCCACGUACCUACUCGACGAGCGGCUCUCCUUCAUUUGCAACGAGAUGUUUCCCUACCACCUCUCGGCCCUGGGCAGCCUCGCCCUCACCCACUGUGUACGUGCUUUUACCGUAAGGUACCGAACUUAA